AUGGUGAUUUGGUUCGACAAGAAGUCGCAGGCGCCAUCGGAUCGGUACCAAGACAUUGGAACCAUGACCACUUCCACAGUGUCUCUCUGGCUUGAAACGUUGGGGUCGCACUUCGAGCAGUACGUGCCAAGGUUCGAGGCCGCAGGGGUUAACGGCGUGUUGCUGCCAAAUCUGACUGUCGACGACCUCAUGGCCAUGGGCGUGGAGGAAGAAAUCCAUCGCAAGAAGAUUCUGGUGCAGCGCGAUGUUCUCAUAGAGCAGGGCUUUAACAAAGCAUUGCACCAGCAGAUGCAUUCGGACCGCCUGGCCAGAGGUGAUGGUCUCAGCAGUGCAAAGCAACAUCCUGAGCCCCAGAGAUUUGCAGACCGAGCUCUGGCAGCAAUGAGGAAGGCCGGAAUGCUACUAGGGUUUUCAGAGACUGCUUUCGUGAAAGACCUGGACGACCUUCUUUGCGAACUUCAGGAGGAAGGUUUGAACAUGGAAGCUUUGGAAGUGGUCAACCACUUUGUUUGCAGCCAGACGACUCAUGUGGAUCAAGCUGUCAGGUGUGUGAGGGAAGAGGCGCAAGCAGACCUUCGGCAGAUCGUGCAAGUGAGAAGCAAGCAUUGUCAAAGAUUGAUUGCCACGCACGAACAUACUAAGCAGUUGGCAGUUAUGCAAGAUGCCUACUUCCAGUUAACGAAGAAGGACAUGCCUGACUCGGAGAAGGAGCAGCAACGAGCGCAAUUCCGGCAAAGCCUGCAGGCUUGGGUAGCAAAGAUGCGGGAGCUGGCAGAAAAUGCCACGGGCUGCCAUGCGGGUUUGCUGGACCGCGCGACCGCGCGUUUGCAAUCGCGGCUGCCGGGAGGUGCAGCCGUGGAGGCCAACAUCCAGGAAUUCGCCAAGUUGACAGAGGAGAAGGAGAAGGCAGCAGAGAAGUGCACUCGGAUUUACAACCUGGCAGACCGUGAUGUGCAGCUAGCCCUGGAAGCCCGGAAGGAAGGCAACCUGCUACAGAGGCGCUUUUGGCGAAGAGAUUGGGAACCAGAGUUGAAAGUCUACGAAGGGCAGGUGCAGCGGGAUGAGGAGCAACGCGAGGCCAAAUGCCAAGAGCUGGAUGGAGAGUUGGACCUGAUAGAGAAUGAGUUGAAGGAUAUCAUCGACCGGAAGGCGAAGGUGCAGGCGUCGAUGGCAGAGCUUAAUGUGAAGGCGUCCCCUCAGUUUUGGAAGAAUGUUCUUGAAGGUGAGGGGCUGCUGUCGGCAGAAGCUGAAGUGAGGGAUAAGGACGAGGCGCUAAAGGUGGUCCAAGCGCAGCUCUUGCAAGCAGUGCAAGAGACGGGAAUUGCGAAUCCCGAGCGAGCUGCUCAGAUUCUUCAACAGCAUGAACGGUCUCAAAUCCUGCUCACGGAGGCCGCCACCAAAUCUGCCGGGGUGGUCAAGCGUAUCGAGGGAUGGGCGGACUUUCUUGAGAAGCUGCGGUUGGAGACUCAGGAGGUCUCCAUGACACACCUCAACGGGCGCCACGGCGCCGCCCUGAGCCCUGAGCCGGGCCAAGCCACGGGCAGAUUGAGGAUUGGUGGGCCAUGCCAUGUGCAUAUUAUGGCAUGCCAUGUAGAGGUCAUUCUGGAUGAGAGCGCCGACGAGGAUGAAGGCGAUGUGCAAGAGGCGCCCGACGGCAAGGCGCCCGAGUUCUGCGCCAUGGGGUUUCACAAGCCCUUGGCGCUCCGGAACUUGGGCGCCUUGCCGUUGACGGGUGAGGGAGCUGCUCGGCACCAGACAGGAGUGAUGGCCGCAUGCCGAUGGCCUGAUGGCCGCAUGGGCGGGCGCGGCGACGCUGAGCUGGUGCAGCUUCAGGCACAGGUCGAUGGGCGUGUGCAGCCGAGUGCGCCAGCCCAGGAGAGCAAGAUUCCUCCACAGCUGGAGACACUUCCGACGCCGGCUGCGGAGGAGAAGCGGUUCGGGCUGCUGGAGGUGAACGAUGAGGAGUCGAGGCAAGCAGCCUUGAAGUGCCACAUGGGCACGGGGACCUUCUUCCGAGAGGAAGGUUUCGUCAAAGAGCGGUUGUGGAACUUUGAACUGCACCGCUGCAGGAGCCUUUCUGCUGGUGUCCGAUGA